AUGGAUAAGGGCGCCUUGGACAGCGGGCUUGAGAUAGUCUGUGUCAGGACUUUGGGAACCAUGGCUCUUAUCCUUAACCGCGUCAUUAAUCCCCUUGACUAUCGCUGUUACAAGUUUUUCACAUUCAUUUUCAAACUGAUCAAUGUACUUUACCUUCAGUUUCUCUCCAAAUCCCUUGACAAAAUUGUCGCAACCUUCUUUGAGGGCUUCGACGUAACCUCUAACCGUUGGUGUAUUGUCGGCAUCUCUCAUUCUCUGCUCAACCACUACACCGGCCGCAGUAGCUUCGCUUGUAAGUUGUUGCUUAAAAACGAUCGUGAUUUGGUUGUUGAGGUCCGUGUAGACUGCAUCGUUAUUCUUUUUCAUUCCAUAGUUCCCAUGAAACUUCCCAUGGUUCUCACUAACAUAUUUCUCAAUAAAGCUCUUAAUAGGAUCGCGCUUCAAAAUAUUAUUCUCAACCCAUCCCUGCACUUUAUGCUCAAACUGUGA